AGAUACAAGGUAGCUAUCAUUGUCUUCACCCUUCAGAUAUCUGAAACAUAUAUCGGACGGCACGGAACAUCGAACAGACGAUAAGAUGCUUUCAUUUAUUGUGCUAUCUUUUAUGAUCAUGGGAUUUAUGGAAUCAGAACAAUCCUUAAGGAAAAGGACAGAGCUAGACCCUGAAACAUUCAUGAAUAUUAGUGAAAUGAUACAUUACCAAGGCUACCCUAAUGAAGAGUAUGAAAUCCUUACAGAUGAUGGCUAUUUUCUCCCAAUCAACAGAAUUCCACACGGCAGAAAGGAAGUAGAAAAUACAGCUUCAAAGCCUGUUGUAUUAGUUAUGCCUGGUGUACUUACAAAUGGUGGGACCUGGGUAGCUAAUAUGCCCAACAACAGCCUGGGUUUUGUACUAGCAGAUGCAGGCUUUGAUGUGUGGCUGGGAAAUAAUAGAGGAUGCAGAUGGUGUAGAAAACACCAGAAUUUUUCAAUAGAUAAAGAGCAGUUUUGGGAUUUCAGUUUUCAUGAAAUGGCGAUGAAUGACCUGUCAGCCAUUAUAAAUUUUAUUCUAUCUAAAACUGGACAAGAAAAAAUAUUUUACAUUGGCCAUUCUCAGGGCUCCACUAUAGCUUUCAUUGCAUUUUCAGAAAUCCCUCAGUUGGCACAGAAAAUCAAAAUAUUUUUUGCAUUUGGUCCUGUAGCUUCCCUGAAUCAUAGCAAAUCUCCUUAUACUAAACUUGCAUUUUUCGCUGACAAUGCAGGAAAGGCUAUCCUUGGUAAGAAAGAAUUUUGUGUUCUACAUAAUAACACACGGACAUUCCUUGCUAAGACAUGUGACCAGGAGUUUUGGAGAAACAUUUGUGUCAAGCUCCUUUUUUCAGCAGGUGGAAUUAGCAAAAAUAAUGUGAACAUGAGUCGCAUGGAUGUCUUUGCAUCACAUUUACCAGGUUGCACAUCUAUCAAAAAUCUCUUACACUGGGCACAGAUAAAGACAAGUGGAGUACUCAAGUUUUUUGAUUAUGGUUCUGAGAAUAUCAUGAAAUAUAGUCAGGUUGCCCCUCCUGCAUACAACAUUCAAAAAAUGGCUGUACCAAUUGCAAUGUGGAGUGGUGGACAUGACAUAAUGGCAACACCAAAGGAUACUAAACAGUUACUGCCUCUUCUUCAGAAUCUCAUAUACUACAAAGAAAUCCCACAUUGGAUGCAUUAUGAUUUUAUUUUUGGGCUUGAUGCACGUCAAGAAGUAUAUGAUGAAAUCAUUGAAAUCAUCCAGAAUUUUCCCUAAGCAGAUUACCCUGAUCAGAAUUUUUUUGGAAUCUGCAGUUAAAGUGGUUUACUAGAACAUAAUUAUGUUAUUUCAUAGUAUGAAGAACUGUUGCAAUCAAAUCAGAAAUAGAAAACUUUAUUUCAAUAUCACAAGCCAAAUACCACUAGAAUCAAGUCUCAGAGCAAAUUAGCUUUCUCCAGCCAUGGAAAGUCUAUGAGUCAUGAUACAAAAAACAAAACAAAACAAAAAAAACAGAAACAAAACCUAUGUGCCACCUGUCAUACCUGUAUUGUAUUUUCCCCUAUUUUGGAAGAUGCUAAGACCACCUUUAGAGGCUUUCCUCCUUGUAGUGAUGGUGAUAGUCAUAAAAUGAUGUCAUAUGUAGCUAUAGAACACAGAAUAGAAUCUCCUCCUCAGAAACUUUUACUAUAUGUCUACAUUUUAUUUAUAAUGCCAGAUGAAGACCUUUGUAAUCACACAAGCAUUGUAAUCUUUUGUAUUUUUUAUUUGGCUGUAUUAAUUCAAAUACUUUUGGUGUUUGCUGCUUCAAGUUAAUUAAGUAAGUUCUAUGUAAUUGCAGAUUGUUAUAAUUAUCUUAAGGUAUUAAGCAUUUACUAUUGACCUAAGGAAUGUAUAUGGAAUGAUGUGCAAUGAUUUUUUGGAACGGCCCGGAUUACACUUGUGGAUUACGUGAUUAAUUAUGAAUGCAUUGUUUUAAAUAUUUUAAUUGUUUCAAUGUAUUUUAUCAUUCUCUUUUAAUGUCCAUUUGAAUUGUACACUGUUUUUAAGGUAUAAAUUGUUGCCUAUUUGUAAAGUCACCUUGAGUCCCCUCUGGGGUUGAGAAAGACAAGGUAGAAAUACCAUAAAUAAAUAAUAAAUAAAAUAAAUGUGAGCACUGAUAAUAAAAAAA